AUGUCGUCAGAAGGCGGUCCGCCGCUUUCAUUGCGGCCGUUUCCCGUUGCCGACCAAAAGCCCAAGAAUCUCGCCGAAUUCAUUGCUCGAGUCAAUGCCCAGCCGGGGGGCUUCCGCUCCAUAACAGAGGACAAGCUCCGCGAAGAACUCAGGAACAGCGAGGAUCCCGAUGCGGCUGACGACGAAGAUGAAGAACCGUCCGAGGCCGCUGGGGAGGCUGACGUAGCGGAGAAGGAUCCCGGUGUUGCGCGGAUGGAAGUGUUGAAGAAUAUCGAUAUAGCCGGUAACGCCGCUCUGUUGACCCUCGAUUCCAUGUCUCUCCUCCUCUCCAAGCAGAACCCAACACAAGCAGGCUUGACGCUAUCACAACAGCUCCGCGACAUGGUCGGCAUUGGCACCUUGGGCGCAGACAAGCUCAACGAUUCGAAUGUUACGCCUGCUAAAACAAAGGACAAAGAAGCGAUCGCCAUGGGGUGGACCCUUCUGGAGAUCAACAAGACUAGAGAUUCUGCAGAAGAGGCUGCUUCAUUUUUAGAAAAAGAGAUAAAUUCUGAGAGUAAAUACUGGGAGGAUAUCGUCGGAGUCAAGAAGGCCGGUUGGUCCAUAAGCAGAGUCCCGCAGGAGAGACAUACCUUGGGAGUCAGAUUUGGUUUCUCGGAGGCUGCCGCCGAGUUUAAAAAUAAUGGUUUAGCGCCUAUGCGGCGUGGUGACGAUGGCUCUGCAGAUCUCGACUUUGGCCGACUAGGUGGUGUUUCUGAAGCCCUCGUCGUAACAUACGAAAAGGAUGGAAAAGUCAUCGGGCGAUCUACCACACGGCCGUCCUCUGACGACGAAUCACUAGAAGCCCGAGUGCUAGAAGCACGCAACACCAUCUUCUCGCAAGAGCUGUGGCAUGAGCUCACCAAAGAGUCGCGUUCAUUAGCUGCCUACGACGUGAAACCCGAAGGCAGGAAGCUGGCCUGCCAAAUCGACGAAACAACAAAAAUCACUCUGGAACUGCUGCCUUUGGAAUCAUGUCCCUCGCCUGCACAGGACAUGCCAGAAAACGGCCUGGCAGAAAAGAUAUCCAUGGCUCUGCACAUUCUUCUCAGCUAUGCGCAUCGACACAACGAGCUCAUGAGAAUACGACCUAUCCCUCCUCACAUCUCCCGCUCUACUCGCCAGCAAUCCUAUGCUCUCCUCCGCCCGGUCCUUGCGCGCACCAUGUACCUCAAGAAUGUUGAGGAAUCUAUGCAAAAGACGGGCUUAUUAGUACGAACCCUCCAAAAGGCCGGCAUUCAAUCCUCUUUUAUCCUACGCACCACGCAAACAACUGCUUCCGACCCCAGUUCGCGCGGACCAAACCAGCUAUCCGCAUCACACACCUUGGUCCGCAAUCUCCUACAAACGCAAGACUUCACCAUCGAGCUCACCAUUCUCCCUGACGUAUCUCUCACCAUCCGCGGCCGCUCAUUCAGCUUCCCCGUCACAGCAACCUACUACUACAUCCUUCUGCCCCCUUCAUCCCCUCUCCCGGCUCUAUGUCCCCCCUGGUCAGAAGGAUAUCCCAGCGCCCAGGCCCUGGGCGACUACCUCCGCACCGCCAUCGCCCGCGUCCUCACAAAUCACUUUGUCAAGAUGCUUCCCUCGCCUCCCCCUUCAAUAAGCGGCGAUGAUAACGCCACCGCCACAGCCACCCUUGUGGAAAGUGCCCACGACACCUCUAUCCAAAGGACCGACAAGAAGACAUUUGACAUCGAUUUUGCCCUCGAGCACGCGGGUGACGCCGAACAGCUCAUUCUCUACGUCAACAAUGCGGCGCAGAGCGAAGAAGAAACUAAAACGUGGAAAUGGUCGGUGAAUGGGCCUAGCGAAACGACGUCAGCGGAGCAGGUUGUGAAGACGCUCAUCGCGGAACAGGCUCCUUCCUAG